AUGUCCAGGCUGCCUGGCGAUGUCGUCAUCGCCUCCGCCUUCAUGUCCUACGCCGGGCCCUUCCCAAGCGAGUUCAGGCUGGAGCUGGUGCGCAACACUUGGCUGCCGCAGGUCAGGGGCCUCAAUAUCCCCGCCACGGAGGGCUUCGACUUCGCGCUGUUCCUGGCCAACCCCUCGGACGUGCGGGACUGGAACAUACAGGGCCUCCCGGCUGACUCCUUUUCCACGGAGAACGGGGUCAUGGUGACCCGGGGCCGGCGGUGGCCGCUGAUGGUGGACCCCCAGGUGCAGGCCAACAAGUGGAUCAAGAACAUGGAGGGCGCCAACGGGCUGAGGGUGCUGAGCCUGAACAUGGCGGACAUGGCGAGGAAGAUGGAGGCAGCCAUACAAUUCGGGGAGCCGGUGCUGCUGCAGGACGUCAUGGAGGAGAUCGACCCCGUGCUGGAGCCCGUGCUGGCGAAGGCGUUCAUCAAACAGGGCAACCAGACGCUCAUCAAGCUCGGGGACAAGGAGGUCGACUACAAUUUCGACUUCAAGCUGUAUCUCACAACCAAGCUUGCCAACCCCCAUUACACGCCCGAGAUCUCAACCAAGGUCAUGAUCGUCAACUUCGCGGUGAAGGAGCAGGGCCUGGAGGCCCAGCUGCUCAACACGGUCGUCAAGUGCGAGAGACCCGACCUGGACAAGCAGAAGAACGACCUGGUGGUGAAGGUCGCCCAGGGCAAGCGAACCCAGGCCGAGCUGGAGGACCAGAUCUUGUUCAUGCUGUCCACCGCCACGGGCUCUCUGCUGGACAACGUGGAGCUGAUCAGCACGCUGGAUCAGUCGAAAGUGACUUGGGAGGAAGUGAACGAGUCUCUAAAAGUUGCAGAGGAGACCUCCGUGAAGAUAGAGGCCGCCUCGCAGCAGUACCAGCCCUGCGCCCUGAGGGCCUCCAUCCUGUACUUUGUGCUGAACGACCUGUCCGGCAUCGACCCCAUGUACCAGUUUUCGCUGGACGCGUACAACGACCUGUUUCUACUAUCCAUAAAAAACAGCCCCAAGAACGACAACCUCCAGGAGCGGAUCAAGCACCUCAACGACUACCACACCUACGCGGUUUACAGGUACACAGCGCGGGGUCUGUUCGAGCGCCACAAACUGCUGCUGUCCCUUCAGAUGUGCAUGCGCAUCCUUCAGUCCUCCAAGCAGAUCAACAUCGAGGAGUGGCAGUUCUUCCUCAAGGGCGGCUCCGUUCUGGACCGCUCCCUCCAGCCUCAGAACCCCGCCAGGGCUUGGCUCUCCGAGAUGGCGUGGGACAACAUCACCGAGCUGGCCAACCUGCCCAACUUCAAGGGCAUCAGCGACAGCUUCGAGGCGUCGCCCGGCGCAUGGGAGGCCUGGUACCGGGAGAACGAGCCCGAGGUGGCGGAGCUGCCCGGGGAGUGGGAGCCCAAGUGCAACGAGCUCCAGCGCAUGGUCCUGGUGCGGUCCCUGAGGCCCGACAGGGUCAUCUUCGCGGCCACGACGUACGUCGCCAACUCCCUGGGGCGGAAGUUCGUCGAGCCGCCCGUGCUGGACCUGGGCGAGACGUUCAACGACUCCACGCCCUUCUCGCCCCUCAUAUUCGUCCUCUCCCCCGGCGUGGACCCCACCGACGCCCUCAGGAAGCUGGCUCACGAGAUCGGCUUCGACGACAGGCUGUUCACCGUGGCGCUGGGCCAGGGCCAGGCGCCCGUGGCCACGCGGCUGAUCGAGGAGGGCAUGAAGGGCGGCACGUGGGUGUUCCUGGCCAACUGCCACCUGAUGACCAGCUGGCUGCCCACCCUGGACAAGAUCAUCGAGGGCAUGGAGGGGCAGCGGCCGCACGAGGACUUCCGCCUGUGGCUGUCCAGCAGCCCGUCGCCCAAGUUCCCCAUGGCCAUCCUGCAGAGGGGCAUCAAGAUGACCACGGAGCCGCCCAAGGGCCUGCGCGCCAACCUGUUCAGGUUGUACAACACCAUCACGGAGGACGGUUUCGCGGAGUGCAGGACGCAGCACAAGUACCAGAAGCUGCUGUUCUCGCUGGCUUACUUCCACAGCGUGCUCCUCGAGCGCCGGAAGUUUAGGACCUUGGGACUGAACAUCCCGUACGACUUCAACGACACCGACUUUAAGGUGUCGGAUGACCUGCUGAAGUCGUACUUGGACAGCUACGAGGAGACCCCCUGGGACGCCCUGAAGUACCUCAUCGCCGAGGCCAACUACGGCGGCAGGGUCACGGACGAGCUGGACCGCCGCGUCCUCAACAGCUACCUCAGCAAGUUCUACUGCGAGGCGGCGCUGGCCAAGUCCAACUACCCCCUGUCCCCCCUGCCCACCUACUACAUUCCCGACAACGGCAGCCUGCAGAUCUUCAAGGACUACAUCGUCACCUUGCCGGCGACGGACAGGCCGGAGGCCUUCGGCCAGCACCCCAACGCCGAGAUUUCGUACCUGCGGGAGGACAGCAAGAUCGUGCUGGACUGCCUGCUGUCGCUGCAGCCGGCGUCCGCCGGCGGUGGCGGCGCCGUGAGCAGGGAGGAGCUUGUGCUGGGCAUCGCGCAGGACCUGCUGGAGCAGGUGCCCGCGCCGUUCAACCUGGAGGAGGUGAUGAAGAGGAAGGCGGAGGACCCGUCUGCGCUGCACGUCGUGCUGUUCCAGGAGGUCGAGCGGUACAACAUCCUUCUGGUGAAGGCCCGCCACUCGUGCCGUGAGCUCAUCAAGGGCAUCAAGGGCCUGGUGGUCAUGUCCGCCGACCUGGACCUCGUCUUCGACGCCCUCUUCAACGCGCGCGUGCCGGCGGCCUGGCUGAAGACGUACGCCUCCCUCAAGCCCCUGGGCUCGUGGACGAGGGACCUGCUGAUGCGCGUCGAGCAGCUGGCCAGGUGGGUGGAGGACACCUACCCCAAGGUGUACUGGCUCUCCGGCUUCACCUACCCAACGGGCUUCCUAACGGCCGUCCUGCAGACGACCGCCAGGCGGAGCUCCAUACCCAUUGACACGCUGUCCUUCGAGUUCAGCAUCGUGAACCUGACGGAGAAGGAGAUUCUUCAAGCGCCCAAGGACGGAGUGUAUGUCAAGGGGAUGUUUCUGGAGGGGGCGGGGUGGGACGCGGAGAACGGGUGCUUGUGCGAGCCCCAGCCCAUGGAGCUGGUGGUGCCCAUGCCCAUCGUGCUGUUCCGGCCGGCCGAGAACAAGAAGAAGUCGCAGAAGGGCGUGUACGUGUGCCCGCUGUACAUGUAUCCCAUCCGCACGGGCAGCCGGGAGAGGCCCUCGUUCAUGAUCAACGUGGAUCUGAAAUCCGGGCUAGCGGAUCCGGACCAUUGGAUCAUGAGGGGCACUGCCCUGCUGCUGUCGCUGGCCACUUGA